AUGAGUGGGGUCACGAACAAAGCGAAACAAGCCACAGAGAUCGGCUAUGAGCUUCCAUGGGUAGAAAAAUACCGCCCUCAAACUUUGAACGACAUCGUCGGAAAUGUGGAAACAAUAGAUCGCCUUAAAGUCAUUGCACAGGAUGGAAAUUGUCCACAUAUCAUAAUAUCGGGAAUGCCAGGUAUAGGGAAAACGACAAGUAUACAUUGUCUAGCUCAUGCCAUGCUUGGGGAUGCGUAUAAGGAGGGUGUCCUGGAAUUGAAUGCCUCUGACGAACGUGGUAUAGAUGUUGUUCGAGGAAAAAUUAAGGCUUUUGCCCAGAAAAAGGUUACGCUGCCACCAGGGAGGCACAAGAUUGUUAUAUUGGAUGAAGCAGAUAGCAUGACAACUGGGGCGCAACAAGCUAUGAGGCGAACGAUGGAGAUAUUUUCCUCAACUACGCGUUUCGCAUUAGCCUGCAAUCAAGCCAACAAAAUUAUUGAGCCUAUUCAGUCACGUUGUGCAGUACUUCGGUAUGCAAAACUCAGGGAUGAAGAGGUAUUGAAGCGGGUAUUGGAGGUGUGUGAGAUGGAAAAGGUAAAAUACAAUGAUGAGGGUCUUACGGCGUUGUUGUUUACUGCUGAGGGCGAUCUUCGUCAAGCGCUCAACAACCUUCAGAGUACACACGCCGGAUUUGGUUUUGUCUCUGCAGAUAAUGUUUUCCGAGUAUGUGACCAGCCUCAUCCAGUGAUUGUGCAGGAAAUAAUCCGCGCAUGCCAAAACGGAGAUAUAGAUAGUGCCAUGUCCAAGUUGAACGAACUGUGGCACAACGGAUAUAGCGCAGUGGAUAUCGUAACCACCUUAUUCCGCGUAACAAAAACAUUUGACGACCUACCAGAGUACAUGAAGCUCGAAUUCAUCAAAGAGAUAGGAUGGACACACAUGCGGGUACUAGAGGGAGUUGGUACGCUUGUUCAGUUGGGUGGUUUGAUGGGGCGGUUAUGUCGCAAGCAUAUGAAACCCGAGCUCUUCGAAAGCCUACUUGAACCCGAAACGCCGUUACCCAUCGGCGAUGGGACUCAGUACUCCUACCACGCCUAUUGCCACUGGAAACUCAGUGACAUGCCUACUCGCGCACGGCGUUUCUAA